GGCUGCAAAGUCAUUCUUAAUUCAAUACAAUGUAGUCAACGUUCAAAGUUUAAUUGUUAAUUUCGAAUUGUUAGAUGAUAAACAGCAAGCUGGCUGGCCUGUGUAACGAAACAAGUCUUCUGCUUAUAUAUAGUUUGUGCUUCUUCAACAAUCAACACCUAUUAGCCUGCCCUGCUCAACAAGUUUUUCAGCUUGUGUAAGAAGGCGUAAUUAGAUCUGUGGGACGUGAUUGAGUCAAGCAAUGAUGUGCCUCAAUUCGGAAACAGAAGAAUUUAAGAACUGGUGGAAAAAGAAUGCUACAGCCCUACAUGCAAUUCAGGUUUCAUGUGGAAGAGAGAUACUUGCUCAAAUAAUAUUUACUGAUCAUGAUCAUAAGGAAACCAUAAGGUCAGCCAGAAUUGCUUGGAAACAACUGAAAAAAUGCUUGAACCAGAAGCUCGAAUUUUACGAAGCUAACCAGUACCAGUCCAUGAACCAUGAAUCAGGGAUGGAUGACAAUGGAAGGACUCGUUCUGUCAGCUUGCCAAGGGUGGUGAACAUUGAAAGGACUCAUUCUGUGAGCUUGCUCAAAGCCAUUCAAAGAGGAGAUGUUGAUGCUGUAAGGCACUCCUUUUAUCAACAUCGUCAUGCAAAAAAUGGAAGAGUAUUGGAAAUAGGCUGCACUGCUCUUCAUGUUGCAACCAUUUCUGGCCAGGAAAGGUUGUGGAGGAUCUGAUAUGGAUAAUGUCAAGGAAAGACUUGGAAACACAAGAUGACAAUGGUGACACGGCUCUUACCCUCACAGCUUGUAAUGGAAUAACUGAGAUUGCAAAAUGCUUGGUUAGAAGGAACAGGAAUUUGGUUACCAUACCAAACCAUGAAGGAAAGAUCCCUUUGGUGGUGGCGUGUGCUGGGGGCCAUAAAGAUAUGACUUACUAUCUUUACUCCGAAACUCCUCUAGAUUUUGUCUCCAGAAGAUGGCGACCAUGGAUCCUUACU